AUGCAAAAGUUCGACAACUGCGUGCUACUGACGCGUGUUGGUGGCUUCUACGAGCUGUACUUUGAGCACGCCGAGGAGCUUGGCCCCUUGCUCAACCUCAAGGUCGCCCAGAAAAGGACGAAUGCGGGCCCCGUUUCCAUGGCCGGUUUCCCUUUCUUCCAGCUGGACCGUUUCCUCAAGAUCCUGGUCCAGGACCUGAAUCGCUACGUCGCCAUUGCUGAAGAGUUCCCCAACAAGGCGCCCGAGAAGAUUAAGUCUGGUGGGCUGAUGUACGAUCGCAAAGUUGCUCGUAUUAUCACGCCAGGAACUCUCAUUGAUGAGAAUUUCAUGGAUCCAUAUGCAAACAACUAUGUGCUGGCUGUCCAUGCCCAUACGGCCGCGGCCCAGUCCGGAAGCGAGGGGGAAGACUCGACCCAUUCAGCCGCUGACCAGAGUCUGACUCCGGCAGCUGGUGACCCUGCCGAACCACUACCACUGGGCCUCGCGUGGUUGGACCUGUCCACCGGCCAAUUUUACACUCAGGCUUCCGAUCUCACAGCGCUGCCCUCGAUCUUGUCGAGAAUAUGCCCCAGAGAGGUCGUCUUAGACAGCGAGCUCCAGACCCAAACCGGCCAUGGGCUGUUUUCCAUACUGGCUGAGGACCGGCACCUGGUCACGUAUAGCCCGUUCGGCGAAAUUAGGCGUCUUUCUGAUUGGACACCCAUGCUCGAGACUGAGAUCCCGCAGCCUGUCCGGGACGCCUUCACUGACGAUGAGGUGAUGGCGGGGAGUCUGCUCCUCCACUACGUCAAGGAGCGGCUACUGGGGCUAAGCAUGAAGCUGCAGCCGCCGCAGCGUCAUGAGAACAUGCAAAUUAUGACCAUAGACAAGAACAGCAUGCGCUCCCUGGAAAUUAAACAGACCAUCAGAGAUGCGAACUUCCGCGGUAGCCUGUUACACGCCAUCCGGCGGACUGUCACGAAGAGCGGUGCUCGACUGCUCAAUGAUUUGCUCAGUGCCCCGUCAACAUCCCUCGAGGUCAUCAAGCUGAGGCAGGAUCUCGUCGCACGAUUCAUCGAAGACCCGGACUUGCGGGACGCUGUGGUUGUACUGCUCCGCCGCAGCCACGAUUCCCAGCGGCUGGUGCAGAAGUUUGCGCUGGGCCGAGGAGAGCCGGACGACCUAGUAGCCCUGGCCAACACCACUCAGGCCACUGACAGCAUCAAGCAGCUGCUUCUAGCAGCAUCCGACGAGUCCGCAUGCCUAUCGCGGAUGAGCUCUCGACUCGACCUGAAGAAGCCCUUGACUAUGGCACGUCGCAUCAAGGAAGCCAUCGACGAAGAAGGCAUCAUCCAUCAACAUCAGAUCGAAGAGAGCCAGGCAGGACAAAUGAUGUCUCUCGCGCAGGAAAUCGUGAGCAUGGAAGGCUCACAAGAAGACGCCGACGCCCUGCCAAAGGGUGCUGCUGCGGCUGCCAAGAAGAAACGCCCGACCUCUGUGCGAGAGGCGUACGCCGACGACAACGAGACGUGGAUCAUGAAGCCGAACGCCAGCAAACUUCUCCGCGAACUCCACAAUGAUCUGGCCACUCUUCAUGCCAAGAAGGAAACACUCACGGAAGACCUCCGCGAACACCACGGUGCCACUUCCUUGACCCUCCGCUGGAGCCCCGCUCUCGGCCACUUCUGCCACAUCAAAGGCAAAGAUGCUCGCUCCGUCUCCGCCGACAUCAAGGCCCUCAGCGCAAGCCGUUCGACACGUUCGUUCCACGAGCCCGAAUGGACUCAUCUCGGCCAGCAGCUCGAACAGGCCCGGCACAGCAUCCGCACCGAAGAGCAGCGCGUCUUCCACGCCCUCCGCGCCGCCGUCGUCCUGAACCUCGUCAAGCUGCGUCGCAACGCCGCCGUGCUGGACGAGCUCGACAUUGCAACAUCGUUCGCCAAGCUCGCCGAGGAGCAGGGGCUGACGCGGCCGCUGCUCAACAACUCGUCGGCGCACACCAUCAUCGGCGGCAGACAUCCUACGGUUGAGGGCGGCCUACACGAGCAAGGGCGCAGCUUCGUCCGAAACGACUGUCUCGUGGGCGGUCCCUCGGCCGGGAAGCUGUGGCUGAUCACGGGUCCCAACAUGGCCGGCAAGAGCACGUUCCUGCGGCAGAACGCCCUCAUCACGAUACUCGCGCAGAUCGGCUGCUACGUGCCCGCGGACUACGCGGAGAUGGGCAUCGUGGACGCCAUCUUCAGCCGUGUGGGCUCGGCGGAUAACCUGUACCGGGACCAGAGCACCUUCAUGGUGGAGAUGAUGGAGACGGCACAGAUUCUCCGCAACGCCACGCCGCGGUCGUUCGUCAUCAUGGACGAAAUCGGGAGGGGAACGACGCCCGAAGACGGCACGGCGGUCGCGUACGCUUGCUUGCACCAUCUGGUCACAAUCAACCAAUGCCGGGCGCUGUUUGCGACGCAUUUUCACAAGGUGGCAGACCUGGCCGAGGCCGAGGGGCUCUUACAGAACGGAGGCGUGGACACGUAUUGCACGGACGUAGAGGAGGAUGAAGAUGGAGGAUUUGUCUAUAUUCAUAGGCUACAGAAGGGCGUCAACCGACAGAGCCAUGCUCUGAAAGUUGCGCGGCUGGCUGAUUUGCCGGAGCCGGCUAUCAAGAUUGCCAAGCAAGUGCUCGGUCACUAA